AUGUCUUCUAAUCAGCAACAACAAUCAAGAAACGUAAAUGAUGAAGAUGACACAUUAUUAAAUCGUGUCAAGAAUUUAAUUGUACAAACCACCACAGAUAAUAUUUUGACAAAUGAUUUUUAUAACGGAAGUCCGUUUCCAAAUCCACCAAAAAUCGAAAUAGAGCCUUCAAGGAAUGAUAUCAUUACCGGGUGA